AUUUACAGGAGCAAUUGGAAGACAAAGGAAACAGGCAUGGCAAUAAAAUUUUGUUGCUUUGCCAGGGAGCCUCUGGAUGACGCUGGCUGUUGGGAAGAGUCCGUGGACAAACUUUUGGAAUGUAAAUCUGGUCAGAUGGCUUUCCGGGAGUUCCUGAAGACUGAGUACAGUGAGGAGAACAUCUUGUUUUGGUUAGCCUGUGAGGAUUAUAAGAAAAUUAAAUCCACUCCCGAGAUGAUUUCUACUGCAAACAUGAUCUACACUGAAUAUGUACAAACAGAGGCCCCAAGACAGAUUAAUAUUGACUGUGGAACCAGAGAAAAUAUAACACAAAAUAUUUCCCAACCAAGCCUCACUUCCUUUGAUACGGCACAACGAUUAAUAUAUGGUCUGAUGGCGAAGGACUGUUACCCAAGAUUCCUGAAAUCCGACAUUUACCAGGCGUACCUGACGCGUUCCAAGAAGAGAUGAAUGUGAGGGACGCUGCCAGAGAGAUGUACAGACACCCUCCUGGCUCUCUCUAUUUUACUCCACCUUUACUGAAUUACUUGGUAUUUACUCCGACCAACCUAUCUAUAGUUUUGAGUAAUUCACGCCAUGAGAUAACAAAAUAUAAACAUAGAGGAAAAGAUCCUUAUUUUUAGCUAAGAAAAGGUUGUGAAACGAAUGUAGGUGUUUCAGUCUCCUCUUCAGAGCACGUUUGAGGGCUACAUUAAGCAUGAUUCAUUCACAGCUCCUUUACAGCUGAAACAGAUUUUCUCAUAAGUUGAUGUUUCAAUUUCUCUGAUUCCAUUUUAAAGUAUAAGAAUCAUUAUAUUAUCCCUACAUACUUAUUGCCUGGUGAGAUAUGAACCCAUUUCCAUUUCUUUGUCCUUUUAGCUUAUUCACGUGUGCAAAGUAUAGUCAUUAAUUUGUUUUUAAUAAGUGCAUUAUUGUGGUAGCUUUUUGUUGCCAGUUUUCCCAGAUGUGGUCAUUUUCUUUAAAUAUUCUAUUGUAAAUUAAAUCUGCAUAUUCUCUUUUCUAGUUUUUUUUCUUGCUCGGACCGAUGUAAAUACUCUAACCAUGUCUCCAAGCUAGCCAUUCGUGCCACUCCGUCUGUCUGCAGUCUUCAACCCCUUCAGUAAAUAUCCUCUGUCCCUCUUCUCGUCGUUCUUCCUCUUCUUUCAUUUUUUUCCAUCUCCGGUGCAUUUGGGGAGGGGGGACAAGCCACAGAGGGGAAGUUUGUGGAGCGAAAGCGGCAGGAGAUGAAAAAUGAACUCGGUGGUGAUUUCUGCAACUUCCUCAAGUGUCACCCUUGUGGGAUGCAGAGCAGGGCUGCACAAAGGCCCGGCUGGGCCCCUGAAAAAUUCUACUGAAUGCCCCCCCCCUACCAAACUAAAGCUACCACAUACUCAUCGGCUCCCCCUAGUGUCUGAGCUCCUACAAGUCUUCCCCUUUCUCCACCCUUAGGGGCAGCCCUGAUACCAAAAGGAAACAUCCCUUAAUCACUGCACUCACCUUGCCCCCUUUUCCACUUGGGGUCGACCAAAUUAAUCAGGCCUGCGGUCAGCCCUCAGGGCACCUUCUUGUUUUAAACUGGUCUGCUUCUCCCCAGUGUGGGGACAACAAACUCCAGUCUUCCUUCCUCAUCAUUAGGAUCACAUCUGAAUUUAUGAGGAACAAGUUGCAAACGAGUAUAUUGCCCCGACUUGAAUUUGCGGAUGAUAAAAUGCAUAGAUAAGAACUAAUAUUGUGUGUUGCCUUGUUUGC